GGAAACUAACUGAUUAAAGCUUGAAUAGAUCCCUCACAAAGAUUAACGAUAAAGCAAGAUCUGAUAGACUGUCAAAAACAAAAUAGACAUCUUGUUUGGAGCCAUUUUUACGGUCACCUGGACGGAGCGCAUUUUACACAAUCUUCUUAUUAGGUUGUGGAAUCAAAAGAGAGAAUGAAUCAUCUUGAAUUCAUGAACAACGCUCGCAUACCGGGCGACGGGACUCUCGGAAAGAAGCCACGGAUACAAGUUACGGAUAUCGAUGCUGUUUCCAUCCCUGAUGAAAAACAUGAAAAAGAUGGAGAGUAUAUUGCUGAUACAAAAAGUUUGCGGAAAUUGUUGAAACUCUAUCUGUACAGUGCGUUUAAACUACAAGGAAGCACGUGCUCAAUUCAUCCAGUUAAUUUCGCCUUCUUACUGGUACAAACAAUCAAAAUUAUACUGAUAUCAUCACAGAUGUUUGAUUUUGGUUACGAUCGCGGAAACUUUAGUGAAGCGGUAAAUCGUGGACAUUUAACCCUGCGACACCUCCUUCUAGAAGGCUGGGACGCUUCCUGGGAAACAUUGGCGUACCCUCCAGCUCAGGGAGAAUUUGCCGUAUAUACAAUAGACGAUCUCAAGAGUGGGAUCAACUUCGCUGUAAAAGGGUAUUACAAUGCUGAAGAAGAAGCGAUUGGUUACUUUAACCGAACAAAGAACGACACAAUGGAGAUACAGGUGAAAUAUUUUGACUUUCCCGGAUUUCGAGACGCAGAUGUUUCUGAGGGUGUUCUUGUCAAAGAUAAAACAUUUCCUGUAGACAAAGGCCUCACAAAACAGAACCUCGUAUAUGAUUAUGACGUCAACAAAGAAUUUGAAGCUCAACAGUUGAAGCAGCCAAUCAAACGAAUGUUGUCAACAGAGUUGCGUUUUUCAAUACAUUCAGUGCGCGUGUAUGAGAAAGUCAGACUUGCGCGAUGUUUGAAUGUCAAAGGAUGGGUGACGUUCAAUGACCUUGAUAACAACGGACAGGUCUCUGUAAAUCUGGAGACAUUGACCAGCAGAAUCAAAUGUGAAAGAAUGAAUCUAACUUUAAAAGACUGGGCACUAGAAAAUACUUCAGAAGAACUAGGAGCUGCAUUAAUUGUGUUCUGUAUACUUUCACUUAUGUCAUCCACAUACUCAAUCGUAUUGGCUGUUUAUAUCUUUUGGAAAACUAAAGGCUACAUGAAAAAAUAUUAUAAACGUUACUACCUACCAAUGGACGAUGAUGAAACGGAUCUGCCAGUGUCAGAGUAUUUGAGAUUCAUAAAUUUCUGGGAUAUAGUAGUGAUUUGCUCUGAUGUUCUAACGCUAUAUGGAACAGUGUGGAUUGUUUUCGAGAAUGAGCAAAGUGAAUGGAUAGUGGAAACUUUGGACUCUUACACCGUCUGGCUUGGCGUCGGCUGUAUCUUGGCUUGGAUAAGCCUCUUGCGUUUUUUCAAAUUCCACAAUAAAGUUCAUCUGUUGUUUAGUACGCUAUAUCGUGCUUUCUGGAAUGUGAUGGCGUACCUUCUAUGUGUCCUGGUUUUAUUCAUCGGCUUCUGGGUCGGCGGAUUUGUGGUUCUAAGUCCCUAUCACGUCAAGUUCAGAACGCCGGAGUCCGCCGCGGAAACAUUAUUUGCCAUGGUGAAUGGCGAUGAAAUCUACGCAACCAUCGCAAUACUUGAAAACGAAAAAACAGGCGGUGACUGGGUGUGGUGGUUCUCCAAGUUUUACAUUGGAGCAUAUAUUGCGAUUUUCACCGUCGUCGUCAUCAACCUGCUCAUUGCUAUUUACAUGAGCGCGUAUGAAUCCAUCAGGUCAUAUUAUCACGAGAGUCCUGAUGAAAGAGACUUAGGACCCAUGGAAAAGGCGUUACGGAGAUAUCUUUCGGAACAAAAAAGUAGCAACAACCCGAUCCGUGCGUCUAUUUGCCAUUUAUUGACAGACAACCGGAAGUUUUCGCAAGUGGAAGAAACUCUUCGAAAGGAGAUGCAAAAGCUUGUUCGCGUGUCAGAGAGAGAUGUGAUCCUGAUCAAACCAAGGACAUUGAAAGCUUUCAUGGAAGGUGAAAAGCAAAGGACCACAACAGUGAAAUGUGGUUGCUUCCAUAUAUCUUUCCUUUCGUUCUUUGGAACAGGGAAAUAAUAGCACUUACAUUAUAUGUAUAAAGCACGAGAGAUUUUAGGCUUGUCUACGAACAACUUUGUAACUAAUACUUUCACUAGUAUACUGAAAUUUAAUAAACUUGACCAUAACGAUUGUAUAAUAAAGAAUCAAAAGCAAUAACAAACUUACAAAAAUAAUAACAAAAUAUAACAUAGGAAUAAUGACUUUAACAGUAAUUUUUAUUGCAUGUACAAGUUUUAUGAAAACGGAAAACAGAAAACGAUCACGUGAUUAUACGAUAUCAAAUGAGUACACAGUGAGUGCUGCGCACGCAGUUUUGAUUUCCUGCGUCAUGUGAUCAAUAUGAUGGUGGCCUGUUUCCUGAAUAUUUAUCGCCGUGGACAACUCUUGGAGCAUUCUUGCCUAAAAUAAGCACAUGUAGAAAUUGAGAAUAUGUCAUGUACUUUCCCAAUAUAUUUACUCGUCAAACAAUGAUAUGCAUUUCACUGAAGAAUUUUGGUGAUACUGUAGGGCUACUUAUUUCGAAUUUUAGAAGAUUUGUUUGAGCUGUUUAAGGCUUGUGUUUUCAUAAAAUAUGACUGGUGAACAGACUAGCAGAUCAUGCAAUCCAAAGCAGCUCGUGAAAGUUUAAACCCAUGUUGUGAAUUCCGACAACGAAAACUAUACCAGGAAAUGCGGAGCUUAUUCGAAAGAAAGAAAAAUAAAAGUGCACCUCAAGAGUUGGUCGCGUGGCAUCAUUCUGUGAGUCCAGAACGUCUUGGUGAUCCAUGUGAUACUCGUAGCAGCCGUCGGAACGAACUAUCAUAGCUUUGUGCUUAAAAUAUAAUGCAUUAUAAUGCAUUAUUUUGCAUUACAAAUUGUUUUGUAAAGGCAAUGUGCAUUUCAUGUACAUUUAUCAGGUUACGUUGAAAAUAAGACUACUAUACCACCCAUAAGUAUACACUUAAAUUUGAUAUAGGUUUGUAUGGUUUAUUUUUAAAUGACAUUUAGUGCCGAUAUUUUUUAUCCAAAAUUGAAAUACAAUUGCCACAUAAGGCUUUAUUGACAGAAAUACAUUAAAACAGAGCCUAUAUGUUAUAUUAA